UGUAGGUGUUUGAUGGACCGUGACCCGAAGGACUGGAAAUAUGACGUGGGAAUAUGGGCGGGUAAAAUGACCAAUUUCAUGUAUUUCCUCGAAUAAAAGUCAGAAAUAAAGGUUCAAUUUCCAUUUCUUUGAUUCAUUUUCAUUAAUUUGAUUCAUAAUGGAGGCGAAGGUUUCUCAGUUCUUCGAGUCCGUCACCAAUUUCUUCAGCGGUGGCGACCACAUCCCUUGGUCCACUCCUGACGUGAUUCUCGGCUGUGAGAGAGAAGUUGCAGAAGCUUCAAAAGAUAAUUCUGAUGAAAGGAAGAGUGAAAGCAUUAUGCGCAUGUCCUCUAAUUUAUACAGAUUAUGUAAUCAUUGUCUACCUAGAUAUUUUCAAAUUCAAAAACCAAGGAUGAAGCCAGUCCUUGAAAGAUUUUUCAUAGCUUCAAAAAUCACAUCAUCCAUCUUCUUGCUGGCAGAUGAUAAUUUUUCUCAGACACCACCAUUGAUUAAUCCAUUUAAUAUUUGGCUUCUAGCAUCCAGUUUAAGAGUAUAUCAAAGAAUUAACCAGAAAACAUUCCGUUUGCCGACAGCUUCUCUAGCCAACGAUAAUAGUCCAUUGCAAAAGAGAGAGAAGCUCUACCUGCUUGCUGUUGGAUAUUACAGAAGCAGUGAAUAUUCAAGGUGCCGGGAGCUCCUUGACCAAUGUUUGGAGAUUGCACCUGAUUGGAGACAAGCCAUGACCCUGAAGAAGACAGUUGAAGAUCGAAUAACUAAAGGUAAUAACAACCCGAAUUGUUGUUCAAAGCUUCUGUAUUUUUCGGUUUUUAGCUCAAACAUCAAACAACACAAAGUCCUACAGAAGAUAGAAAUACAUUUCUCUUCUUCCGCUUCGAGGACUACCACAGGCCACACCUCCUAG